UUUCGUUUGGAGCUUCCUCCAUGACUUAACUUAUCUGUGACUGACUACCUUCGCAAUACUCCUCGUGUCUCUUCGUCUCCACCCCUACCUUAUCACCUCGGUUAUGCUCCAUUCAGCCGGUUCUAAUUAUUUUGCCGCUGGCUUUCGUGAGAGCGUGGCAGACGAGAGAAGGCGAAUGAUCAUCCCCUGUUAUCGUGCUUGGCCAUACUGAUACGCUCGGGAUAACCAUCCAAUCGGACGCCAAAAUGGGGUCUUGGAGGGCUCUAUAUACUUCGACCAGCUCGUACGCAGGUCUAGCAUGGUUGUGGCCGCUAGUAGAUAGUAACCAGCCUUAAAAGACGCUUCAACCCCCCUCAUGGCUGUCUUUCUGCUUCCCUAUUGACUCACAAAGCCAAAAUGACUCGCUCUGAUGUUAUAGAUACCGAUGUUCCAGGAACGGUGUACCUGGUUGAUGCAACGGGGAGCUUGAGAGAUGUAGCUCAUGCUGGGAAUCAGGAUGUCCUCCUUAUUCCUCAGCCUACAUCCUUUUCAGCUGAUCCCUUGAAUUGGCCACUUUACAAGAAAUACUGGACCCUGUUCUUGAUCUCCAUGUAUGCAUGCGUUAACUCAUUUGGGGAGAACAACUGGGGUGCGGCAUGGACAACUAUAUCCGAUGAUACGGGCGUGAGCCUGAACAAUAUGAACGGUGGCUCCGCUUUGAACUAUCUUAUGCUGGGUUUCUUCAAUAUUAUUUGGAUCCCCACGGCCAUGAGGUACGGACGCAAGAUUGUCUAUAUACUUAGUCUGUUGUUCGUCCUUGGAAGUGGUAUCUGGGGUGGCUUCUAUGAGGGUGUUUCGCAGUAUUACAUUAUGAUGGUGAUCAACGGGAUCGGAACUGCAGCCUACCAGGCUUUGAUCCAGCUGACUAUUUUCGACGUGUUUUUCACUCAUGAGCGCGGCCGAAUGCUGUCGAUCUACAUUUUCUUCCAGCAACUCGGAUCUAUUAUCGGGCUGAUCUGUGGCGGUUACAUUUCUGACGGCAUUGGCUGGAGAUGGAGCAUGCCCAUCGUGUCCAUAGCAUGUGCUGUUUUGAUUCUUCUAUUCAUCUUUACUUUUGAUGACACCAUGUUCCCGAGGUAUCGCUUUUCGGGUGUGACACCUCAGCGAGCCACCAAAGGCGAGAACGAGACUUCCCGCACUCCAUCUGGCACCCCAACGGCGGAGGAAAAGGAUUCCAAGGUUGAACCGCCAAUGUCCGUCGUGGAAAGCCGCACUGUCGGGGAGAUUGACAUGCCUCCGCGAACCUACCUCCAGAAGAUGUCUCCAGUUCACUAUUUCAAAGACGACAACACAACUUGGUACCAGUACUUCCGACGCCCGUUCUUUCUCUUCGCGUUUCCCAAUAUUCUUCUAGCUGGUAUCCAAUUUGCAUUUGGCUGCACUGCCGGUAUUGUCUCGUUUAAUACCAUCUCUGAGAUCAUGACGGAGGCCCCUUAUAACUGGAGCGCCGGCUCUGCUGGCCUAAUCUUCUUGGCAGCACUAGUUGGUAACUUUCUUGGCAUGGGUAUUGGAUCACUGUCCGACUGGGUUGUCGUCUUUCUGGCACGUCGCAACAAGGGUUAUAAGGAGCCCGAGAUGCGUUUAUGGACGUAUUGUAUUCCCCUUGUACUUGCCGCGGUUGGCUAUUUCGUCUACGGCUGGGGUGCUACCAAGGGCCUUCACUGGAUGUCCAUUGCAGUUGGCCUAUGUUGCAUGAUUGCUCAGCAGGUCUCUGCCACCAGUAUCGCAACCGCCUACGCGAUGGAGUGCUUUGAACAGAUUUCUGGUGAGCUCGUCAUUGUACUGGCCUGCUGUUCAUCCAUAAUCAAUUUUGUCAUCUCCUUUACGGUGCAAGAUUUCAUCGACGGCACCAACUACGGCUGGACAUUUACCUUCUAUGGUAUCAUGGUUGUCCUGUCCAUGGCCGCGGGUGCUCCGAUGAUAAUCUGGGGCAAGGAUUGGCGGCGGAAGUGUAAGCCUCGGUAUGAGAAGUUUUUGGCGGAAACAGGACGUCAGUAGGAACAUGGCCAGUUUUCUGUUUGUUAAAUGACCUUUAUGAAUGAUUGCAUUAUAUCAUUGUAACGUGUAUGUUUAUUAGCUAGACACACUGAGACUUUGUCAAUAAGCAAGAGCACGCAACAUCUAAAUUCAAUGCGAACACUACAGCCUAG